GCUGUGGUUUGAACCUGUCACACCUGUGUGCAGUUGAAUGUGCUAAUGACCACAGGUGGGCAGCUCACACAUUAGUGCUGAUGCUGGUUUCAGCUGCUUUUUCCCUGGGGAUCCCUACUCAUCCUGGCCACUAACAACCUCUGCUAAUCCCACCAGCCCGCAGAGCAGGAGAAGAGGAUCUGCUGUGCACAUUGGCUUGCCACUAAGAGACUCUCAGGCAGCAGAGUGGGACAUCAGAGAGGACCAGUGUGAGAUCUGGCAAACGACUAGCAAGCAGCAGACUGUUCAGCAUGGAGUUUCUUUUCCAGUUGCUGUUCUCCCCUCUCCCCACCCCGGCCAUCGUCUCCCUGUUUGCCCUGGCAGCUGCUACCAUGGUCUACCUCAACUCGAGGCCCAGCCCCCUUCGCUCCCCUGCUGACCUCAAACACCAAACUCUGGGUAUCCAGGGUGGAGCAAGGAAGAGUGCCCUGCUCGAGGAUAACAACAACCUGAUGUCCAAUUACUAUGAGGACGCCAAGACCAUCUAUGAGGUUUUCCAGAGGGGCCUGAGAGUUUCAGGCAAUGGACCAUGUUUGGGUUAUAGAAAACCAGGAAAGCCAUACCAGUGGCUUAAGUACAAACAGGUGUCUGACAGGGCGGAGCACCUGGGGUCAGGGCUCCUUCAUAGGGGUCUGAAGCCUACUGCGGACACUUUCAUUGGUAUCUUUGCACAGAAUAGACCCGAGUGGAUUAUCAGUGAACAGGCCUGCUACACGUACUCCAUGGUAGCAGUUCCCCUGUACGACACCCUGGGUCCUGAGGCUCUAGUGUUCAUUAUCGACCGAGCUGAGAUCUCCACAGUGAUUUGUGAUAAGCAAAACAAAGCUGAGAUACUACUGCAGAACCGAGAGAAAGGGCAGACUCCUGUGCUUAAGACCAUUGUUGUUAUGGACCCUUUUGACGCUGAGCUGGUUGAGCGAGGAGUGAAGUGUGGGGUGGACAUCUUGUCCAUGCAGGAUGUAGAGACUCUGGGGAAAAACAAUCUUCAAAAGCCAAUUCCACCAAAGCCAGAGGACCUCAGCAUCAUAUGCUUCACCAGUGGCACUACAGGAAACCCCAAGGGAGCAAUGUUGACCCAUGAGAAUGUGGUGUCUGAUGCUGCAGGUGUGAUCAAAAGCUUUGAGACGUCUGUUUCACCAACUCCCCAGGAUGUCACCAUUUCAUUCCUGCCUUUAGCACACAUGUUUGAGAGAGUUGUACAGACAGUGAUGUAUGGGGCCGGGGCAAAGGUGGGAUUCUUCCAGGGCGACAUCAGACUACUGCCAGAUGACAUGAAAACCCUACAGCCUACCAUUUUCCCAGUGGUGCCUCGACUUCUCAACCGUGUCUAUGACAAAGUUCAGAGUGGGGCCAAGACGCCUUUUAAGAAAUGGCUGCUGAACUUUGCUGUUGAGAGGAAACAUGCUGAAGUGAGAGAGGGCAUCAUCAGGAAUAACAGCAUAUGGGACAAGCUCAUCUUCCACAAAGUCCAGGAGUCUCUGGGGGGACGCGUGCGGGUCAUGGUGACAGGAGCAGCACCCAUAUCUCCCUCCGUUCUCAACUUCUUGAGGGCUUCUCUGGGUUGCCAGAUCUUUGAGGCAUACGGUCAAACAGAGUGCACUGCCGGUUGCACCUUCACCAUGCCAGGAGAUGCCACGUCUGGUCAUGUUGGAGUCCCUGUGCCCUGUAAUGUGGUGAAGCUGGUGGAUGUUGAAGAAAUGAACUACUUUGCUUCAAAUGGCGAGGGAGAGGUCUGUGUCAAGGGGAAAAAUGUGUUCAAGGGGUACCUGAAAGACCCAGAGAAGACUGCAGAGGCCUUGGAUGAGGAUGGUUGGCUGCACACUGGUGAUAUUGGGAAAUGGCUGCCAAGUGGGGUUCUAAAGAUAAUUGACCGGAAGAAGAAUAUUUUCAAGUUGGCUCAAGGAGAGUACAUCGCACCAGAGAAGAUUGAAAAUGUCUACGUACGCAGCGAACCUGUGGCCCAAGUGUUUGUGCAUGGAGACAGUCUGCAGUCUUGUCUGGUAGGCAUUGUGGUCCCUGACCCCGAGGUCCUGCCAAGCUUUGCCCAAAAACUGGGAAUUCGAGGCUCACUGGAGGAACUCUGCAAAAACAUGGAAAUUAAGAAAGCCAUUCUUUCUGACAUGACCAAACUGGGCAGAGAGGCAGGACUCAAGUCCUUUGAGCAGGUGAAAGAUCUGCAUCUCCACCCAGAUCAGUUCACCAUUGAGAAUGGCCUCCUAACUCCCACACUCAAGGCCAAGAGGGCUGAGCUGAAAACUCUCUUCCAGCCACAGAUCGACAAACUUUACGCCAACAUCCAGUGAAUGAACAAUCCUGUGCACCACCAACUCCUCCGUUUUGGUCAUACCUCCUGUUGACAUUUGCAAUAAAACGAGAAUCAGCUCA